AUGUUCUCCACGAAGACUAUCCUGUUCGCCAUUGUGGCCGCCGCAGCUGCGAUCAAUGUCUCCGCUGCGCCCAUCGCUCGUCGAUCGAGCGGCCGCGCAACCUACUACGCCGUCGGCCUGGGCGCUUGCGGCUGGACGAACAGCGGCAACGAGAAUGUCGUUGCACUCAACACCAACAUGUAUGGCUUCACCGGUGCCAAGAGCCAGUACUGUGGUCGUCAAAUCGAGAUCCACUACAAUGGCAACACUCAGCGCGCUACCAUCGUCGAUGCCUGCCCAAGUUGCCCUAACAGCGGGGACCUCGACAUGAGUCGCAACCUUUUCUCCUCUUUGACCAACGGCAACCUCGGCCUCGGUCAAUUCCAAAUGUCGUGG